GUACAACGACCGCGGUUAAAUUAUAUUUUUGCGGUGUAAUCCAUAGGAAAGGCCUAUUAGGGCUUAUGUGGCUUAUAUCUUGGUUUGUUUCAUUUUUUUAAGCAUUACAAGUCUCUUUUAAUUGACUUUUACCUAUAUACAUAUAUUUUUUGUAUAACAGUUGAGAUGACAACUCACGUUUUUUCUACGUCACUAAUUUUAGAUUCCCGUGUCGACCGAUUUUACUGCGACCAACCUUGCUCACGCUCAACUGCACAUUUAUUGCAGUUAAUCUUAGUCUAAGGGAAAGCCUGUUGGCAGGUGAUUGUCGUGCCGAACAAUAAUAACCAACGUUUUGGGUCAAGUCAACAUUAAUUGUUCAUAUUCUCAAGAAAGAAUCGACCAUCUUCAAGUUCUCUUACUUCAUCAGUUGACGGCAUUGUUUGGUUCAUUUCAACCGCCUUUUAAUUUUGGAUCUUUUCAAAUCAGUUGCUUUGCUUGAAGUUUUGCAACCAUUUUUACAACAAUGGACUCGUCACCGGAGAUGGAGAAGUUUGGCGUAUCAGAUUUCGAAUAUGCACAAAUGAUGGAUCCUCUAAGACGUCGAACGAAACAAACGAAGAAGCAGACAAUAUAUGGUAUCUUCGCAUCGGAUGAUUCUGAUUCUGAGGCCGAACAAAGUGGCUUUGGUAGACGGGAUGCUGGUCUCAAGCGUAAGGGUGCCAAUUAUUCAGCACCGAUCACCUUUGUCAGUGGUGGACUGAAGGUAGGGUCUAAUUACGUAAAGAGGCAGGCAAGGAGAUAGUUAGUGGAAAUCAAUGACAGGCUUGUUAACUUCAGUGAUCCUGAAUCCUUAGAGGAAUUAAUAAAUCUGUGGAUUUAAGGUUAUAACGACAUCUCUUAAUCGUGUGGCAUUCGCUUCUUGGAAUGCUGCGUUUGGCUGGAAAUUCGGAGCGAUUCCGCUGGAGUGAGCGCUGUAUAUGUUUGUUAUGUCUUAAGACCUGUGAACACUCAGAAACGUAAGGCCAUCACAGGUCAUUUACUUAGCCUCACACUGCGUUAUUCUUGGCUUUUUGGAGGUAAAAACAUCAUGGCUAAUUAUUUUUGGAUCAUUUUAUGUUAUGUUGGCCGAAAGCUGACAAGUAGCAUGUAGAUGCCCUGAAAAUUUUUAUAGUUGGUACGAUCUCUCGUCAAAACAACUACUUAUCAGCCUUAUUCUUUGCUGUUGCAUUUAGCUUAGAUUUUUAGUUUUAACUGUAAUACUCACAUAUUUCACAAAAUUGCAUAUAUAAAUAGGCAAAUUUCAGCAAAAAUUCCCUAAAGUUGUUGACAAUGUCUCGUUAUAUUUUUCCCGUUUAAUGUCUAGAAAUAAUUACUUGCAUUUCUAAAACUGCAGGAUAUUGUCAUUGAAUAUACCAUCUUCGGGCUGGUUCCUGUUUUGCUAAGAGAUUAAAUAGCACUGAAUUAUUGAAAUACUUAAGUUGAUUAGGUUUGUCUGUUAGAUUUUGUCAAUAUUAUAUUAUUCCUGAUAAGCAAGCAGAAAUGAAAGUUCCGCCAACUAAAUCAGUACUUUUUUCUCUUAUCUCUCCAGGUCGGUAGUUUAAGCGCUUCCGAUAAUAAGAAAAAAACUGAAGGUGAGGAUUCAGAUCCAAUCACAGAUGAAGAAGACGAUAAACCCGUGUUAAGUAGCUUACAGCCCCUUCACGACUCAGACUCAGAUUCUUCGGAUUCUCAUGUGAACUACCAGCCAAAUAAACCAGCUAAUAUACAUGUUGGCUCUGCACGCCGUGCAGCGAUGGCAGCUGCUGGUUCAAAGUCAGCAGCUUCAGGUUUUGGUGCUUGGGAAAGACAUACAAAGGGUAUUGGAAUGAAGCUUUUAGAACAGAUGGGUUAUGAACCGGGCAAAGGUCUAGGAUCGGAAGGUCAAGGUAUUGUAACCCCAGUUGAGGCUGUGCAGCGAGUGGGAAAAGUGGCUGUGGGAUUUUAUGGACCAGAGAAGACCACUGCUCCUCGUCGUGGUAAUGAAGCCGUUACGGAAAAACCAGAUUCUGGUGGACCACGUUACAAAAAGAAACCAGGAGCACAACGUAAUCAGACCACUAAACCAGCUUAUGAGUAUAAAACAGCUGACGAGAUAGUUGCAGAUCUUUGUCCGGCGACCCCUGCAGCUGCUGUGAAACGACAUGGAAUAUUUCUUGAAAACAGUGAACUAUCUAAAGUGAAAGUAAUCGAUAUGACAAGUAAAGAACAGAAAGUUUAUUCAGGUUAUGAAGCUGCCUUAUCUCGUGUUGUUCAAAAGCGUCGAAAACCAGGAGAUGAUUCUACUCUGUCAGAUGAAGAAGGUCCAGAUGCCGAUGGUAAAAAGGUUGAAAAGCGUUUAGAGGGAACCUUUUUUGAUUGUCCUGCACUACGGCAUAAUUUUGCCUUGGUUAUGCGAACUGCUGAGGAUGAGAUUAGAAAGUACGACAGCGCUGCAAGAUUUGAAGAAGAUCGUGCAGUUGGUUUGGAGCAUGAAAUUGAAAAAUUAACAGAAACAAUUGAGCAUGAAGAAUAUGAAGUUAAGCAACUCGAAAAGGCUUUAAAUUUGAUAAAGAGAUUCGAAAAUGAAUCUGCUAUUCAUUCAAGUUCUGGGACAAAUUUAACUUCUGAUGACAUUUUAUCCUGGAUGUCACUUAUACGCGAGGAGUGUGCAGAUUUGGAUGAAAUGCCAAUCCUUAUGGCAUGUAUUGCACGUCCAAUGUUGGAUAAUUCCCUAUCUAAGUGGGAUCCGCUUCAAGAGCCUACAUUCUGUCUCGAUUUAUUGUCACGUUGGAAAGAUUUCUUUCAAAAUUCAAGUGCAUUUGAUGUUAUACUUGAAACAACCUGGUUGAGUACAAUGCGUCGUACAAUAGUUAAUGAGUGGAAUGCUCGAGACUGUGAACCUUUGUUAGAGGUUCUAGAAGCAUGGAAACCUUUAUUACCGGUUGAUAUGUUGGAACACAGAUUACUAGAUCAACUAAUUCUUCCAAAGUUGCAGGAAGCUGUCAAUUCAUGGAAUCCCUUAACGGAUACAGUACCUGUCCAUAUAUGGUUACAUCCAUGGCUACCUUGGUUCGGAGGAACUGAACGUCUUUCUUCUGUACAUGAUAUAGUUCUUCAGAAGCUUGGCAGCUGUCUUACUAACUGGCAUCCAAGUGAUGCAUCUGCUCGCUCAGUUCUUAUGCCAUGGCGCACUAUUUUUCCAAUUCCAUCGAUGGCAGCUUUUCUCAGUCGUCAUGUAGUACCAAAAUUGGCUUUAGCUUUACAACAGUUUCAGCUCAAUCCUGCCAAACAGAAUAUGGAUCCAUGGAAUUGGGUUAUGCGUUGGGCUGAUUUGAUUGGGCCUGCGGUGCUUGUAAACCUAUUGGAGCAUCAUUUUUGGCCACGUUGGUUAUCAGUUCUUUCAAACUGGCUAAAUCAAGGUGCAGAGGCUAGAAAACGUGGCGACCAUACUGCUGCCGGUCAAAUUUUCCAAGAAGUCGGUCGUUGGUAUGCUGGUUGGAAGGGUCAGUUGCCACCGGAAUGUAUGGAAUAUGCCAGUGUAAAAGAUUCUCUGACGAAAGCUUUAGCGAUGAUGGAACGUUCAAUGCGGGGCUUACCACCGCAAGAACCCACAUUUUCAGCUGUUCCCGCGUAUCCUGCAAGUUCAUCGAGCGUAUUUCCUCCACCAGCAGCAGCUUUCGGUACAACAACACCUUUAGUUGCCCCACCACCGACCACAUUGCGUAAACAAGUUGAACAAGUCGCAGCCCAACGUGGCUUGUUGUUUCAUCCUAUCUCAAAUAGAAUGUUUGAAGGACAACAGGUAUAUCGACUGGAAUCUCUACACGUGUUUUUCGAUCGCAAUGUCAGUUAUGUGUACACACCUAGUGAUGGUGGUUGGCAUCCCAUAGCUUUUUCAGAAUUAAUGGAACGUGCACAGUACUAAUUUUUUUUAUCAGAUUCCCUAAAUUCUGUUUGUAAAUUUCUUCACUAAACUAUUUUUCUCACCAGCAUAUAUUGUACAUAGUUAUCUUCAAAUUUUCUUUUAUAAUUUGUGGGUAAUUUGAAAUAAACUAACUAUGACAUGA